AUGAAUUCUAUGCCAUCAUCUGGCUUUUUUUCAUCAAUACUCGAUAACAUGGAUACACUAACUGCGCCUACUUUUUCGCCUUUUCAAACCUCACAUGAAGAAACCGAUUUUUCUCCCUUACUCAACCUACCCACUAAAGUUCUAGACAGAAUCGUUUCCUACAUCCCACUCAAAGUUCGUACCCUGACGAUCGCUCGUGUUUGCCGUACUCUACGUGACUGCGUUUAUCGCUCAAUAACAUCGGUUGCUUUUUAUAAAACUCAACUGGACGAACUCAGUGACACAAGAAUCAAGUACUUUCUGAGCAUUCAUGGUCGGCAAAUCAAUGCAAUCAACUUCGAUCUGUUCCGUUCCGUUGAAGACGAGGCUUGCACUCAAUGGAGCUGGCGUCAAUCUGUUAUAACGGCGGUUAAAAUGUGCAGCAAUCUCAGAGAAUUGGACAUUUUAGUUUGUAAACGUCAUCGAUUGAGAGAUACGGAUUUGCUAACGAUUUUCCGUGAAUGCCCUCAACUUCAAUCCCUUUGCAUCGAUGCUCAAUACCUAAGCGGACAUUGCUUCCAAGUUGUUCCCCAAGGGCUGACUCGUUUAGAAUUAGAGAUGUGUUUACGAAUGUCUGAAUCUUCGAUGCGUUACAUAUUCAACCGUCUCAAAAAGCUCAAGGUACUAUACGUGUCUGAACUAAAGAUUCUAAGAGACCAAGUCAUUUGUUCGUUAGUCCACAAUUUAAGGAGCCUUACCGACCUUUCUAUAAUCGGAAAUCCUGAUACACCUAACCUAGACCUAUCGGCUACCGCCUUGGGCCAUUUGGCACGUCUUCCCCACCUUCAAAAUCUAUGCUUGGAAGGAAUACCUGCUGUGACUGAUCGUUUCCUUGCGGAGCUCGCUGACACAGCUAACAACGCAGCGGCAAGCAACAUCACGAGCCUUUCACUAGCAUUUUGCUUUAAUUUCAGCUCGAUAGGGCUUCAGCGGCUAGCUAGAAUGCCAAAAUUGGACAGUCUUAACCUUGACGGAAUCACGAAACGUGACAUUUCAUCCGGCCUUCUAAAGGUGGCCGAGGAGGGGCGACUAAUGAGGCUGCUCAUUGCCGAAGGAACAAAUGUAUCGUGCGAAGCGCUAAGGAAAAUCGUUAGCGUAUCGUCGAACCUUCGUUUACUAGACAUUAGUAACAACAACGUCCUAUUGGAUUGGGCUGCAGCGAAUUCUCUGGUCGCUCAGUGGGUUGCAUCGAAGCGUCCCUCUCUAACAAUUUUAACUAACAACCAUAUGCCAUGGUCCAUGAUCACGCUACCAACACCAUUGUCAAUCUAUACACCCCCUGUUGUUUCUGUAUGCCACCUACACAGAAACACUGUGGCAGAGUUCGAAGUGGUCCCAGGAAGUGUUCUUUCCGACGACAACUCAUCCCAACUUCCACAAGGCUUACUAUUGCCCCGUCUCCGACGUGGUAAUAGGUAUCGUCUGCUUUGUUCACUACGAUCAUUAUCGCAAGAGGAUUCGGACGAUCAGAAGGAGAAUUCCUGGUCGCCUUCUCAUUUUCGUUCGAAUGGCAAAGGAAAGUCACCAAAAAGUCCAGCAACUAUAUCGCCUGUGUCGCCCAUACAGCCGAUUCCAUUGUUCGGCAACGUUCAGAAUGCAUCCAUGAAUCAAAUACCUGGACUGGCUAGCUACUUUUCCAACGGUGUUCCACUAGAAACGCCACAAAUGGUUAUGCCUGAAUUAUCUCCCGGCACGUAUCCUGCACCCGAUUUUAACCAGCUCGUGCCGCCAGAAAUGUCUUUGGAAGCUUGGAUGAUGUGGCUGUCUGCGAAUCAAGUCUACGAUCCGUCAACACUUGCGCUAACGGAUCCAUUGUCUAUUCUGACGACUGGUAGCGGUGGAGCACCAUGUCCUCCUGUGGAAAUUCCUCAACAGCCACGUAUUCGCUAUAGUCGUGGGCCACGUAACAAGCGUCGUUCAACUCCACAAAAACAGCAGUCGCCGAAGCCUUCCUCCUCUCCACAAAAGCCAUUGACGAAGCCUUCCGCUCCACAAGUGUCUUUCAGUUCAGCGGAUUUUCCACCACUACAGUAG